AAUUGGUUCCUUUUUCGACACGUGGGGAUGAGAUUUUGUCUUCAUCUCUUGUGGAAUUGGGAGGGAAAGGGCUCUUCACCCAAGAAAUUGAGCAAGCGAUUUAUGAAGGGAAUAUUGAUGGUGCUGUCCAUUCGAUGAAGGAUUUGCCAACAAAGUUACCUGAAGGCAUGGUGAUUGGCGCUGUUUUGCCUCGUGAAGAUCCAAGAGAUGUCUUGAUUGGGGGUGAAGGGAGGAUAAAAAACCUAAGAGUUGGUGCCCAUAUUGGGACAGUUUCUUUACGACGCCAAGCACAACUUCUUCACCAUCGACCUGAUUUGAAGAUUUCUGUUUUGCGUGGAAAUGUAGGAACCCGUCUGCAGCGUAUCGAAGAAGGCGCGUUUGAUGCCACGAUUUUGGCAGCAGCAGGCUUGAAGCGGCUUGGGAAAGAAAUCUCUGAAGCACUAUCAACGCAAGAGAUGCUCCCUGCAGCAGGACAAGGAAUUAUUGGAAUAGAGUGCAUGGAAGGGAAUACUCGUUCGAAACUCCUUUCAGGUAUUCACCAUGAGCCAACAGGGCUGGCACUUCAGGCAGAGCGGUCUUUUUUAGAAACAUUGGAUGGUUCGUGUGGUACUCCUAUCGGUGCGCUUGCGCAGUGUGGGCCUAAAAAAUAA